UUAAGAGUAAAAUAUAGAAUGAGAAAAAAGGUCGUAUUCUCAAGCAUUCUGAUAAUUAUUUGUUCUAAGGUAUGCGCAAUUAUUUUAAGUCCCCCCGUAAGAGUGUGGACUCGCCCGUGUGUAUUAGCAUGCGUUCAGUAUUCAGCCCGGCUAGCGCUGGUGUUUCAAUGGUGGCGGUGAACGGGACUGAUUUUCCUUCUAAAAGCCUAGAUUUGGAGGCUGGAAAUGGUGGAUCUGAGAGACCCUGACUGUGUACGAGGGGUUAUAGCGUCCGGGUGGCGGCUGGGAGCUGGUAGGGGCCGUAGUUUGCUGUAGUUUUGCUUUGUAGCGCUGACUUCGUGUACCGGCGAGACCGCUGCCUUCCGGUGCAGUCAUGGGGACCGUUCUUUCUCUCUCACCGCCUCGGACACGCCGGGAUUGCGGUAUCAUCCACGACGACGGGACAGUCAGUGUUUCUCACUUUAACGCCCUAAACUCUGCCAAAUGUAGCACCCAGCAGAAGGAGCCGAAAUCCUCAAAAAAACACCCCAUUUUCAUCUCCGCGCUCAGCUGGAAGAAAUUCGUGGUCAGCACCAAGAAGAAGGUGGGGAUAGGAGGCAGCAAUGUCGGGACUUCUGUCCCUAACGGGAGCGGCUCCCGACUAAAACUCAACCUUUCCACGAUCAACUCGUCCGUCCCGGGUAGCCACCACAACCUCCGAGACCCGACCGUCAAGAAAUCCUUCUCCUGCUUCAACCUAAACUCCUCUCUACAACAGAAUCCGUCCGCGAGAGCUCUGAACAACAACACCAUCAAGAAAUCCACAUCCUGCCAUCUUAGCCCCAAGAAAAUCGUCCUGCAGGCUUCAACCUCCGAGCUGCUGAAAUGUUUGGGCGAGUUUCUCAGAAAAAGAUGCCCGAAGCUGCGCGACUUUGAGCCCAGCGAUGCGGUGAUGUGGCUGAGAGCCGUGGACCGAAGUCUCUUGCUCCAAGGCUGGCAGGACCAAGCCUUUGUGUCUCCCGCAAACGUCGUGUUCGUGUAUCUGCUUUGCCGAGAGCUGGUCACAGAAGACAUCGGAACUGAACAUGAACUCCAAGCCGUGGUUCUCACAUGUCUGUAUCUCUCCUACUCCUACAUGGGCAACGAGAUCUCCUACCCGCUCAAACCCUUCCUUGUGGAGGAAAACAAGGACAAAUUCUGGGACCGCUGCUUGAAAAUCAUCAAUGAGAUGUCUGCAAAGAUGCUGAAGAUCAACUCGGACCCGAACUAUUUCACGGACAUCUUCUGCGAACUGAAAACCAUGGGGGCGAAGGGCGCGUAGGUAGGAGUUAAGAAAUGCACCUGUACUUCCUUAAGAAAAUGCACCUGUACGUCUGCAAGGAGGGAGAAGCUACUUAAGGGUUAAGACUAUCCAUAUUGUAUAAAAUUUCCCGCAUUUGGAACAGCCAUAUAUGAAUAUAGAUGACGACCGAAAAGUCCAGAUGACAUGGUAGGGUUAAAAAUUUCCUAUGAUAUCAUUCCAUACCGUCGGCAUAACAGAUGUAACAACACCCACAGCCUGCCUGUAUGUAAUAGCUAGCACUGGGUACAAAGGCAGCCAUUGUUAAAGGGAAGACACGCAGACAGGGUAUCCCCCCUAGAGAGCCCCUGGAUCCCCCCUAGACAGCCCCUGCGUUCUAGCAUCUGCCACCCAUCAGUUAAAUCAGCCCUUGAACAUGUAUAUAGACCCCCCAUCUCUGAACCUUAGGCUCAAAUAUUACCUUUAGGAACAGCUACAUAAAUGGGCACCCUGUAUUUAGAUAUUACAGUGGCAGACUAUGUUUUGACGGCUAAAAAAAAGGAACAAAAACAAGGAGGCUGGAUAGAGAAUUUAACUGUUGAAAAAAAAAAGAUGGAAUGAUUCUGUGUAUAAAUAAUAUUAGAUAUAUCCCCCACCGUCUUUUCUGAUAUAUUAUAAAAACGUGGAGGUAAACAGAUUGUAUUGUUGAGAGGAAUUUUAAUAGCCUUCCAUACCAAUACAUAAUGCAGGUGCUGUUUGGGGUCACGUGACCCAAUACAUCCCUGCAUUCACUCGUUAUUUAUUAUUCAUGACUCCAUUCUUCCAUCUGUCCCGGUAAUAUUUUUACAGCUUGGCCUGAAAUAUUUUUCCACCCAACCGGAGAAGAAAUUUGCAAUUUGUUUCCCGACGCAUCGUUCCUUGUUUGUGUAACGUUGGCUGCUUUUGUGGACUGUUUUGUGUGGGUGGCAGUUAAAUAGAAAGCAGCAUCCGCUGCGUAUUCAAACCCAUCAGACUAAAAGGAUGUGCGUAACGCUGUGGAUUCAGGCGAUGCGGUUUGAAUUAUUCAUUAGUAGCCCGUCUCCUGAAUAACAAAAAUGGCUCCCAGCCGCAGGCUUUGUUUCUGAUCCAGAUCGGAGAGAGAUGCAUGAAGGUCGUUUGGAAAAACACACCGCAAGGUCGUUGGUGGAAAUAAUCCGUCGAGAUUUCCCGUAUGGAAAAUUAAAAUCAGAUUGAUGCGCAGGUGGCUUGUGGGUAAAAUUAAAACGAACGAAAGCCGCCGAACAGAAUUCCAAUUACUUGGUAAAAAUCCAUCAUUACGUAAUGGCCGCCGACGCCCUUAUAUGGAAGAUGCCGCCCAUAUUAGGAAGGUGUAGAUGACUUGUGCAAUAUUAUCUCGCUCAGGCGAUUUUUUUGUACCAUCACACUUUUGUUGCAUCCAAGUUUUCUGUGCAAUACUAAGUUAUCGUUCGAGAAAACUGUUCUUCUCAUAGACAUUCGAAAAAGCCAUUUUUUUUACUACGACACAGACUCAUAUUUAUUCAUUGAUGCAGAUCUUUAUUUGAUGUUAUGAAGUCAUCACUCAUUUUUUUUACGGUUUGAAAGUUGAUACCUAUGGGGGCCUGGUGUUACCUAUGGGGGCAUGACUGAGGGGAUAAUAUGUACAUAUGGAGGGACUACGACCAGUGAAACUAUGUGCAACGAUUAGUGUUAUGAUUAUUAAUAUUACAUGUUAUGAUAUGGUCUAGUCUUCUCAGGUAGCUGAACAUUAGAAUAUCCUAGAAAGAGAGUUAAAAGUUGAUAAAUUGAUGUUUUUGUGACGUUCUCCAAGUAGAUACAAUGUAUUAUGAACAAUCUUAAAGCCAGUACGAGAAUCUUUGUUCGCAUCUGUGUAUAUGUUUCACUGCUGCAUGGUAUUUAUUGAAACGACAAAAAAUAAUUAUUAUAACUUAUGUGUGGAUGUGACAAUCAUAUGACGUUGUUGCAUAUUCUUUGUGUUGAAUUAUUUUUGUACAUAAAAACUAGGCCGUGCUGUAUGUUGUUGAGAACAAAGUUUGUUGAAUGAGUAACGUUAAAACCGACAUGUUGACAAUGGAUGGAGAAAAACCUGAGUUUACAAAGUGCAAAACCAGUUAUGAUGUAAUACAACUGUUGGACCACUG